CUCACAGCAUCACUGGUACACGCACAAGAGCAUAUAACAGGGAUGUUCAGGCAGCACACCAUCCAAGGAGAGGCAAGCAAGAGAGGCAGGAAAAGACAUUGUUUUUGCUCCUGUAUGUUCUUUGAAAAGCAAGGCAACAGCACCUUUAGACAAGAUGUGCUCUUGCAUGAAUUUAAGUGGAAGAGACAAAGAAACCAUGCCACCAGCAGCAUCGGAGAAAAAAACUGAAAGCACCAAGCAAUGAGAAUUCAGUCCAGGGAAUCUGAGGGGAAGAAAAAGCAAACUGGCAAGCAGAGACCAGAGCACUACGAUUAAGAUCCACACAACAUCUCCAGUGCUGCACCUUCUCAGUUACCUCCCUAGCAAACAGACACAUCCCCUUUCCACAGCGAGAUCAGCAUCGUGAGAGAAAAAAAACCUACCUAAACAACAUUCCAAUGGGAAUAAUUGUCCAAAACAUCACAGGAAACACGGCAAUGGUAAUUUGGCCAAAAAUGGCCAGUUGUGCCGAUAGCUUCUACAGUGUCAUGUACCACCCUAACUGGAACAAUAUGCUAUCGAGUUACUCGAGAAAGAGCUUUCAAAAGGAAGAGAGAGUGCCCACCAGUCGCUCCUCCUUUGUCGUUGAAAACCUGACUCCACUGACAACAUACAUCGUGUGCGUGACCUGCCAGUCUGCCAAUCCCUCCAGUGACCAGUGCAGAGUUUUCAACACGCUGGAACAAGACCCAGCAUCUGCGAGCAACACCAAGAAAGAGCUGGCACUAGGCAUCUGGCUCACCAGCAGUGUCCUGCUCCUCAUCAUCGCUGCAAUCCUCCUAUACGGCUGUUUGCACCUCCUGUGCCGCAGGAGACGUGAGCGUUUGCAAGGGCAAAACGGGACCUCCGAACAAGACCACAGGAAGGUGUGGACCAAAAGCACGGCACAUGUCUCACAGGAGUUCAGCAGUCAGGGUCAACUGACACAGGACAUAGAGGAAAAGCACCCAGGUGGCAUCCAGUUGGCCACAAUCAUUGAGAAUCCCUCAGCCUGCAAGGAGCCCGUCAUGCUGACUUCCAAAAGCCUGGAACGAGUGCCAACAACAGAACAAUGCUCUGCUAUAAAUUAGAAACCUUUCAUCAAGAAGAUUUUUACAACACACAACAUCCGAGCUGCUUCAAACACAUCACAUGCGUUGUCAGCGCUCACCAUGGGGAGCUCCAACUGUUCACUGUAGCGCUACCAGCUGUACCUCUGGCGUCACAUCCCUUUCCAACAGCCUAUAUGCAGCCAGAGGUACUCAGAGGCAAAGAAUCAGAUUCCCAAGAAGUGAGCACUUCAGCCACACCCUGUUAUUAAAAAAUUAAGCAUAUAGCAAAUAAUCAGUUUAUAUUCUGAGGGGAUUUCUGGGGUUGCUUUUCUUUCGUAUAUAUAAAAGAGCAAGAUAGCAACUCUGCAAGGACACUGCUAAUGAGACUAAGGAAAUACCCUGCGUUAUUAUAUUUUGCAUUCUUCUGUACCCACCACAAACCACCUUCUGCUCCGCAAGCGAGUGACAUCCUGUAAAGGAAAAGGAGUUGAGAGAAGCAACUCCAGGCCCUUCUUUUUCUCUUUCCCUUUCAGUUUUAAUGAUAAAACUCAUUCACCAGCUGCAAAUCUCUAUCCAACUGCACAGUACGUUUUGUGUGAUGAAGGGGCAAAGUGAAACCACGCCGAAAUAUAUUUUAUUUUUGUAACAAUCAAAUCUGCAGAUCCUCUCAAUCUGCCUUGCGCUUCACGAUAAAGUGCAAAGAAAGGCACUCUGGACAGAAAUCUCUUCACCCUCACAACAUGACGCAUCUUGUCUGGCUUAUGUGUAUAAGUCAUCCUGUUUUAAAUCUCUCAAGUGCAUUUGUGUUCCUAAAAACAUAAUAAAUCUUAGUAUUGCUGUAUAGUGUGGUAUGUCUAAAAAAAAGAUACACUAAGACUGAAGGCAUUUUAAACUUCAGAACGUACGCAUAAAGUCAGCUCUUGUUGAUGCAGCUUAGUUUUACCAGUAAAGCCUAGGGAACCGCUGGCUGGGCAGCUGCCAUCCCUUUCCACCAUGCCCUGGAAGCUGAGGUGAUGUACAAUUUUGGCAAAGGAGCACCCGAUGAAUAUUUCACAGCAGGCAGUGGGUCUUUUCUCUUACCGUAUUUUGACAACAUUUCCCACAGCUUGUGAAAGACGUCAGCUCCCAUAUUGCUAGGAAGACAGGAGCUGGCAUAAGUUUAAUGUGUCAUCUUUAAUUUUUCCUACUAGGAUAGGUAUGACACGCAGAAACACAGGCUGAAUAGGGGACCACAUUACUUUUAAUAAACACUUCAAAAUGUGGUUUUAUCAUGUUAAGUUAGCACUAGCAUGUUCUCUAUCCCCUACAUAGCAUUUCCUCCAGCUGACACAUUUUACUUUGUCUUACACAGCAGCCUUAAAUAAACUGUGAAGAAGACAACAAUUUUCUGCUGUUUCAAACAGUGUUUCAUGAAACAGGCACUAAAAAACUGUCUUCAGAGCAUGAAGCCCAUACCACAAGUUUACUGCCAAAAAGGGGCAGCUAGGUAGCAGGGACAGGAAAAAAAUGCUUCAAAAUGAUCUUGUGAUCCAUUUAACAGUAACACUUCUCUCACUAGGAUUUCAUCAAAGAGAUAAAACAUGAUUUUAAUGUUAAAGGGACAGAACCAAGAGACAUUCUCAUCUCUGCCAACAUCUUGAGCCCGUGACCUGUUUACUUUCUUGCAUCUCUGUUUCUUUAUGUGUGUUUUAAGGCAGUCCAAUACAUAUAUUUACAAAUAUUUACACGUUAAACACACAUAUAUAUAAAAACCAUACUGAGAACAAGGAGCAGUUCAAUCCUCAAGCAGUUUUGAGGCAAUUCACCUACUGAAUUUUAAUAUUUAUACACAGACACAUAUAUACAAAAAGACAUAUGUGUAUGUCAGAUUGAGAAAGCAAGGAGUUAGCAGGGAAGCGCUGCCAGGAAUAGGAUUUCCCUUAUCUAAAUAUAAAACCAUUCCACCCAAGGAGUUUACUAUGCACUACUUAGAUAAACAUCUACAUCGCCUCAUGAGUAGUGGAUAUCUCACACCUGCCGCAAAUGAGUGAUGCAUAGGUACUGUCAUCUGACUUCUGCACUAGUUUUGAAGAACUCAUGUCAUCACAUACUCUCACAGAGCUACAUGACUCUUUGUCUCCUGCACAGAAAGUUUUAUUACAGAUUAAUUCAGGUUCAUUCUGACAGUUCUGUGUUUUGGUAUUUCACUGUCCAGUUUUAACAGUGACUUAGUAAGAGGCAAACAUUCCAAGUGAUUAUUAAACUGAUAACAAGAUGCAUCAUACUGCAAACUGAUACUGAUUUGUGCACCUGCACCAGGUAAGAAAUCAUUAUAUUCACACUGAGAAGUAAUUUCCAAAGGGCUUCUUUUUCACAGAACAAAUAAAUUAGCAUCUACAAAAUGCAGAAGACAUACAAACAUGAAAAUCUUUGAAAAAUGCUGUACAAGCCAGAAAGAGCUCUUAAAUUCUGGUCUGCACAAUCUCUAUAAAACCAAAUACUUCAUUAAUGUGCAAAGUUGGUUUCAAAUCCCCAGAAGAGUCUCUUUCUGGUAUGUACAUUAUUAAGUAUUUUAUUCAACCAGCCCAUUUGAAUCUGCUAACAUUCAUUUCAUUAACCCUACACACACUUCGUCUGAGCAAAAGGAUUGCAAUGACCAUGCUAGAUGAGCUUUUAAAUACUCCAGCUCACUUAAAAGGUUAAUGAACUUUUGCAGACUGGCUCCUUCCCACCUGGCAGCUCUGCUCCCACAUCAGCAGGUGAAGCAAGUUGUAUCUGGGGGUUUCUGUUUAACUGGAUGAAGGUACUGCUCAAAAAACUUCAAAUGCAACAGAGAAAGUGGACACAACUGUGUAUCCUAAGCAUCAAUAUACACUACUAUAGACCAAAUGCUUUGAUUAAUUUAGAAAUAUCUGUGAACAUUUUGAGAUCAAAACUAAAAAUUUCUUUAAUUGCUCUUAAGUGAGCACAUUGUUUGCGAAAAGCUUCUGCACAGAAAAUGUUUAGCCCUUACAGUCCAACGCAUGCAAGUAUGAGUGUGUAUAAGUACACACGCACAAGAAACCACAAUGCUCUUGUCUUGACCUAAAUUAAUACCAUGGGUUGCCCAUAGAAAACUAAACCAAAAAACUGAAUCCAAACAACCCCCCAAAAAAACAAUACCCAACCAACAACAAAGUUCAAUAAGGAAAAUAAAAAGGAGGGACUCUUUAUCAGGGCAUGUAGUGAUGGGAUGAGGGGUAAUGGCUUUAAGCUGAAAGAGGGAAGAUUUAGAUUAAGUAUUAGGGUGAAUUUUUUUACUGUGAGGGUGGUGAGGCACUGGAACAGGUUGCCCGGAGAAGUAGUGCUUGCCUAAUCCCUGUAGUUGUUCAAGACCAAGUUGGAUGAGGCUCUGAGCAACCUCACCUAACUGAAGGUGUUCCUGCCCAUGGAAGGGGAGUUGGAACUGGACGACCUUUAAGGUAGCUUCCAACCCAAACCAUACUAUGAUUCUAUAUUCCUUGGCUUUAUGAUCACUCCAAAUAUAUUGAGUAGUUGAAGAAAUAAAAAAAGACAAAAAAGUAAAAAAUACAUAGCUAAUCUAUACCCCACUAUUACCCAGGCAGGAGACAAUUCAACAAUAUAUAACCAUUAAAGCACCCAAAUAAGGAUGUGUUCUGUGACAAGCCUAGCUAUACAGUACACAGAAUACUAUCAUGCAAUUAUAUCACAUGCUAGAAUGUGUAGGCUCUAUCAGGUUAGAAUUACCAGCUGUUACUUGCUGGUAAUCUGUUACUUGCUAUAUACAGUAGAAAUGUUCUCCUAAAAUUCCACACAGAUAUCCUCAAUUCCAAAAUACAUUAGACUCAAGAAUGAAAAUAGACUCAGACUCAGAAAUAUUUGCUAAUCUAGGCACACCUUGUUAUGCAACUUGCUCCAGAAAUGCAUAUAAGAGCUCCCUCAAUUGCUCCUGUCUUAUACAGAAAAAUAAUCAGUUUUCUGAAAAUGUAUAGUAAAGAUCACUAAACUCAUUUUAACAAUGUAACCUAACUGAUAAAGAAAAGCAUUCACGAGUUAAUCCUCUGUCACUCACCUCACUGUAUCAUUACUUAGCUAAAUUAAGUUAGCAAUACCUACUAAAUUCAGUGGGCUUUUUGCUCUUUACACUGCAUCUGGCGAACUCCUAAAAUAGUAAGGAACACAAUAACUCUAAUGGAGGAAAAUCCCACUUUCCUAUAAUUUACUGUUCCAUCUUGUAGAAAAUACUAUUCAUGGUACCAGAUAAUCAGCUAUUAUAUUCCACAUUAAAGACAGGAAUCCUUUUCCAUCUCCUUUACAUUUUAAAAGCAUCAACGUUUUAAAAUGCAGCAGAUAUAUUAGGACUGAAAUUUGUAACUUAUGAGCUGUCUCUUCAGCUCUCAAAAGCUAGCUGGCUGUGCAAAUAUCUUCACAGAGAUUGCACAAUAUAAAUAGGAUAUGAUGUGCAGAAAAUAACAGUAAGAUAAGGACUAACCAUGCUCAUGUUUAAGUAGGAGCUAGAUAACGAACACAGCUAGAUGUGAAAAUGACACAGUGUACUUGUAUAAAUUACAAGAAUAAUUGAGUACAACUGUUUUUUUAGUUAACAAUCCUCUGAUUUAAUCCUUAUACUUUUGGUUGUGUUUUCCAUACUUUCAUCUUGCCUCCCUGAUAUUCAAGAAAACAACGCAGAAUUACGAGUGACAUCUUGUUAAAUAUUCUCAAAUGAUUUGCUGAAGAUAUCACUGCUGGGUUUUACCACUGUUGGAUGUAGAUCAAUAUUUCUGACUGAAUAUUAAAAAUGCAGAUAUAUG